UUGUUACUGACCAGAUCGGACUCCUCUCAUUUGCACACCUUGCUUAGCUUCCUCUGCAACCAUGUUGAUAAACCUAAUAUAACUGACAUUGAGAAAUUCAGGCCAGUGAUCCGGGCUGAGGUGGGUGACACUAUCCAGGUGAUCUUCUACAACCGUGCCUCCCAGCCAUUCAGCAUACAGCCUCAUGGGGUCUUUUAUGAGAAAGACUACGAGGGAACUGUGUACAAUGAUGGCUCAUCCCACCCCGGCUUGGUGGCCAAUCCCUUUGAGAAAGUAACAUAUCGCUGGACAGUACCCCCUCAUGCAGGCCCCACUGCUCAGGAUCCUGCCUGCCUCACUUGGAUGUACUUUUCUGCUGUGGAUCCCAUAAGAGAUACAAAUUCUGGUCUGGUGGGCCCCCUGCUGGUAUGCAAGGCUGGUGCCUUGGAUGCAGAUAGCAAACAGAAAGGAGUGGAUAAAGAAUUCUUCCUCCUUUUUACUGUUUUGGAUGAGAACAAGAGCUGGUACAGCAAUGUCAAUCAAGCAGCUGCUAUGUUGGAUUCCCGACUUCUCUCACAGGAUGUCAUCGGUUUCCAAGACUCCAAUCGAAUGCACGCCAUUAAUGGGUUUCUGUUCUCUAACCUGCCCAGACUGGACAUGUGCAAGGGUGACACAGUGGCCUGGCACCUGCUUGGCCUGGGCACAGAGACUGAUGUGCACGGGGUCAUGUUCCAGGGCAACACUGUGGAGCUUCAGGGCAUGAGAAAGAGUGCAGCCAUGCUCUUUCCUCACACCUUUGCCAUGGCCAUCAUGCAGCCUGACAACCCUGGGAUAUUUGAGAUUUACUGCCAGGCAGGCAGCCAUAGAGAAAAGCACCCCUACUGGGACUUAAAUUUUAUAGAAAAUUUACUCAAGGAACUUAUUACCUUAAGUUAUGGUCACAUCUUUCUGAGCAAUAAAGAUGGGCUACUGGGUUCCAGAUACAAGAAAGCUGUAUUCAGGGAAUAUACUGAUGGUACAUUCAGGAUCCCUCGGCCAAGGACUGGACCAGAGGAGCACUUGGGAAUCUUAGGUCCACUUCUCAGAGGAGAGAUUGGUGAUAUCCUAACUGUGGUGUUCAAGAAUAAUGCCAGCCGCCCCUACUCUGUACACGCCCAUGGAGUGCUAGAAUCUAGUACUGGCUGGCCCCUGGCUGCUGAGCCUGGUGAGGUUCUCACUUACAAAUGGAGCAUCCCAGAAAGAUCAGGCCCAGGACCCAAUGAUUCUGCUUGUGUUUCCUGGAUUUAUUAUUCUGCAGUAGAUCCCAUCAAGGACAUGUACAGUGGCUUGGUGGGGCCCUUGGUCAUCUGCAGAAAGGGCAUCCUGGAACCCCAUGGAUUACGAAAUGACAUGGACCGAGAAUUUGCCUUAUUAUUCUUGAUUUUUGAUGAGAAUCAGUCUUGGUAUCUGGAUGAGAACGUGGCAACCCAUGGGGCCCAGGAGCCAGACCGUAUUAACCUACAGGAUGAAACUUUCUUGGAGAGUAAUAAAAUGCAUGCCAUUAAUGGAAAGCUCUAUGCCAACCUCAAAGGUCUUACCAUGUACAAAGGAGAACGAGUGGCCUGGUACAUGCUAGCCAUGGGCCAAGAUAUUGACCUGCACACUGUCCACUUCCAUGCAGAGAGCUUCCUCUAUCGGAAUGGAGAGAGCUACCGGGCAGAUGUGGUGGAUUUAUUCCCGGGGACCUUUGAGGUUGUGGAGAUGGUGGCCAGCAACCCUGGGACAUGGCUUAUUCACUGUCAUGUUACUGACCAUGUCCAUGCUGGCAUGGAAACUCUCUUUACUGUCUUAUCACAAAGAGAACACUUAAGCAUUAUCACCACCAUCACCAACGAGAUUGAAAAAGCAGCAAUCUCCAGAGACUUUAGAGAAGACAAUGUGAAGAUGCUGGGCAUGCAGAUCCCUGUAAAGGAUAUCGAGAUGCUGACUUCUAUCCUAAUUGCCACUGGUGUCAUUCUCCUGCUCAUUGCCCUGGCUCUUGGUGGUGUGGUCUGGCACCAGCAUCGUCAAAAAAAACUACGGCGCAACAGGAGGUCGAUCCUAGAUGAUAAUUUUAAGCUUCUGUCCCUCAAGAACUAACAGCUGAAUCUUGGCACUACACAUCUGGAAUGCUCUCUCAGCAGGCCAUGGACUAGCAGAUGACCCCACUGUAAAAGGAGCAUGGAUGGUAGAGAGGCAUAGGAGGAAAUCAAACUUGUUUGGGGUUUUUCCACCACUUAUUUAUUUACAUAGAAAUGCUAUAUUCCCUGUUUUUCUUUUUGCUCCACUUGGGAACCUGGGGCUAGGUGAGUCCUCUAAAAUUAUAUAUCACAAAUUUCAAUGGUUAGAUUCUGUCACUCAGUGACACUUGGAAGAUCUGGAAAUUCCUAAAAACUGACCCUUCUCACAAAGUACAUACCAAGAAUAAAACACAUCAAAUAAGUUUUUACUUCUUUCCAGGACCUAGCCUAAUUCACUUUGAACCAAGACUAAGUGAGCUGUGAAUAUAAUCUACAUCUAAACUAAGGACUAAGCAAAUAGGCAUGAUGGGGGAAUUAGUGGGGUUAGAUUUGGAGAUCCAAAUUGUAUUUUAAUUCUCCUUGGAA